UGGCGCGGCGUGGCGAGGUGGGUCAGGCGGGCUGGCGGGACAGGCAAAGAGCGGGCUAGAGGAUGGGAAGGGGGACUGCCAGCAGCCCGUGGCAUGGGCUAACUCCAAGGGGCUCAGGACUUUGAAGCAGCUCUUUCCGACCUGCCUGCUUUGAGCUGUUCAUAAUGCCUCUUGGGAAAGGCUGGAAGAAAACAGUGGAAGACAUUGCCAGUGUCUACGACAUCAAGGAGAAGCUGGGCUCAGGGGCCUUUUCAGAAGUGGUUUUGGCCCAGGAACAUGGAUCUCAGCGCCUUGUAGCCCUCAAAUGCAUUCCUAAAAAAGCACUGCGAGGUAAAGAAGCAGCUGUGGAGAAUGAAAUUGCUGUACUCAAAAAAAUUCAACAUGAGAACAUUGUUGCUCUGGAAGAUAUUUAUGAAAGUCCCACUCAUUUGUACCUGGCCAUGCAGCUGGUGACAGGCGGAGAGCUCUUUGACCGCAUCAUUGAACGGGGCUAUUACACAGAAAAGGAUGCCAGCCAGCUCAUCCGGCAGGUGUUGGAGGCUGUGAAUUACCUACAUGAUCUGGGAAUCGUUCAUCGGGAUCUCAAACCUGAAAAUCUCCUAUAUGCCACACCAUUUGAAGAUGCCAAGAUUAUGAUUACGGACUUCGGGCUGUCUAAAAUUGAGGCUGAUGGCAUCAUGUCUACCGCUUGUGGAACUCCUGGCUAUGUUGCCCCUGAGAUCCUGGAGCAGAAGGCCUAUGGAAAAGCUGUGGAUUCCUGGGCACUUGGUGUCAUCUCCUAUAUCUUACUUUGUGGUUAUCCUCCUUUCUAUGACGAGAACGACUCUGAGCUUUUCAACCAGAUCCUGAAAGCUGAAUAUGAGUUUGACUCCCCAUACUGGGAUGAUAUCUCUGAGUCAGCCAAAGAUUUCAUCCGCCAUCUUCUAGAACGGGACCCCGAGAAACGAUUCACUUGUGAACAAGCUUUGCAACAUCCCUGGAUCUCUGGGGAUACAGCUCUGGAGAAGGAUAUUCAUGGAUCUGUGUGUGAGCAGAUUCAGAAGAACUUUGCUCGCAGUCAGUGGAAGCGAGCAAUCAAUGCCACAUCCUUUUUACGCCAUAUCACCAAGAUGGGACCAGGUGCAGAGGGUGAAGAAAUUGGAGAGGCAACAUCUGGAAGACAGCGUGGAAAAUGGUGACCCCCCCCAGAGGUGGGUUCACUAAAGAAAAAUGUGCUUCAAGAGCCUGGGCCACUGCCUUGCAUGAGCUACCCUCCUGCAUGCGGCUUCACAGCCACAACGCUGCGUCAGCACCCUCCCCCAAGUGUGGGGUAUCCUUUCAUUUUGUGCUCUCCCCCCCCCCAAAUCUGGGGGUAUCUCUGCCCCGAGGGGCUCAGGAGUUCAAUCAAGCCAAGAGCAUCCCUGUCCAGCCUGUUUCGAGCCGGCUCAAAUGCAAUCUGCCUGGGGCCAGAGGUCAUCCCAUUGAAGCCGGCGGAGCCUUUGCAAUCUUGCUGCGUUACUCACCUCACUUCCAUCCAUAUCAGCCAUCGAGGCUAGCAACCUACUGGAGAAUCAGCGGAGAUGGUGGUGGCAGGGAAAUAAAGCUCCCAGCCAUUCUUCGCCAGCUGUCGGGGUUGACUUCAAAAUUGCUUUGAGAAGCUAAUUCUCCUCCUGUCCUCCUGAGUCAUAGAAGGAUAGCUUUCCACAGAAGGGAACAGCUGGUGUCGCUGAAGGAACACAGUGAAACCUGACCACGCUGUUGUUGGAAGAGAAGGGACUCCUCUAGUAGGAAGAUGGGAGCUGCCACAGCAAAGUUGAGGGCUUUUUCUGAGAUAUCGUGAAUCUCAGCUAUCUUAGCUCAAGUUGAAUCAGGAUCCAAAUGAAAUUCAGUAGGUGUUUGGGGAACCUUAGUAGGGUAUGCCUGAGUGUUGCCAGACUCCCCAAAGCAUAUAACUUCCUUCUGAUCUUAGAGCAAUGUUGUAACCAUUUGAAAUAUGUGUGAGAUUUUGGGCGGAUAAGAUCACUGCCGAAUAUAUGCAGUGUUUUAAAAAUGAGCUGCUUGUUUAAGAAGAGCCAGUAUAAUGCCUAAAGUAUGGUCAAGGCAGCGAACUGAUGCAUCUCCUUGGCCUAGGAAGCAACUGUCCAAUCUGAUGUUU